AUGAAAUUAUGCAGAUGCAACAGCGACGACAGUUGUUUAUUUCUCACCAAGAUAAAGAAAGAUCCCCAGGAACCUUCAGAAAAGGAUUUAACAAUUGAUGCAAAUACGAGAAGUUUGCAUAAAACGCUGAGAAGGGAUUUACAAAGAAUAUUUCAUGAGAAAUGUGGGAUUUGUGAGUUCACAACGAAGUUGAUUACUUCAUGA